CUCGGACUGCCGCAGCUCCCCCCAAAAAAAGCUUCUCUCACAUGGAGAUUUGCGCCUCGUUCGCACUGCACAGCUUCCAAAACGGGGACCAGGGCCCUGCCGGUUUUCCCCUCAACGCUCCCACUUUGUAUUCACUCGAUAAAAUGCAAAACCCAAACAGCAGAUGAACUAUGAAUGCUGAACAAAAUGAUCUCCUCCCUCCAGCGCCAGACAAUGAGAAGUCGUAGGCUAAAGGGGGCGCUGUCCAACCCCCUCUUUGUGCUGCUCUUGGCCCUUCAGAUCUUGGUGGUGGCCGGGCUAGUUCGAGCACAGACCUGUCCUUCUGUCUGCUCUUGCAGUAACCAGUUCAGCAAGGUCAUAUGCACCCGUCGCAGUCUACGGGACGUGCCAGAUGGUAUCUCGACCAACACCCGUUACUUAAACCUCCAGGACAACCUCAUACAGGUUAUCAAAGUGGACAGUUUCAAACACCUGCGCCACCUGGAGAUUCUGCAGCUGAGCAAGAAUCAUAUUCGCAGCAUCGAAAUAGGCGCCUUUAACGGACUCGCUAGCCUAAACACCUUGGAGCUCUUUGAUAAUCGACUUACGACAAUCCCCAAUGGAGCAUUUGAGUAUUUGUCCAAGCUAAAGGAAUUGUGGCUUCGGAACAACCCUAUUGAAAGUAUACCAUCCUAUGCCUUCAACCGAGUCCGCUCGCUUCGAAGGUUGGACCUAGGUGAGCUGAAACGUCUCUCCUUUAUUUCCGAUGGAGCCUUCAAGGACUUGAGCAAUCUGCGCUAUUUGAAUUUGGGAAUGUGCAACCUCAAGGAGAUCCCUAACAUCUUACCACUGGUAAGACUGGAAGAACUGGAAAUGUCUGGAAAUCAGCUUUCCAUUGUCAAGCCUAGUUCAUUUACGGGAUUAGUGAACCUCCAGAAGCUGUGGAUGAUGCAUGCCCAUAUCCAAACAAUUGAGAGGAAUUCCUUUGAUGACUUGCAGUCAUUAGUGGAGCUUAACCUUGCUCACAAUAACCUUACCUUUCUUCCGCAUGACCUUUUCACACCUCUUCAUCGGAUGGAACGAGUCCACCUUCAUCACAAUCCUUGGAAUUGCAACUGUGAUAUCUUGUGGCUCAGUUGGUGGCUGAAGGAGUCUGUACCCGCCAAUACGAGUUGCUGCGCCCGUUGCCAUACUCCGACACUCUUUAAAGGUCGCUACAUUGGGGAAUUGGACCACAGCUACUUUCAGUGUGACGUUCCUGUCAUAGUGGAGCCACCCUCUGACUUAAACGUGACAGAGGGCAUGGGUGCAGAGCUCAAAUGUCGGACAAGCUCCUUGACAUCAAUCAGCUGGCUCACACCAAAUGGCUCCCUGGUGACACACGGGGCUUAUAAAGUGCGACUGUCUGUACUCAAUGAUGGGACACUUAACUUUACCAGCGUCACAAUGCAAGACACUGGGACGUACACCUGUAUGGUCAGCAACACAGCGGGCAACAUCUCCGCCUCGGCUGUACUCAAUGUCACAUCUGUGGAAAACAGCGGGGUGACCUACUUUACAACAGUCACAGUGGAGACCACUGAGACCCCAGGUGAUGACAGCCACACGGCACUCCCCCCGUUCGGUUGGGUGUCAUCCUCGACGACAAAAACGACUCCGGUAUCAACGAGGACCACAGAGAGGACUUACACCAUUCCGGUUCUUGAUUUGGACGGUGAGGGAGCCCUCAACGGCCUGGAUGAGGUGAUGAAAACCACCAAGAUUAUCAUUGGCUGCUUUGUGGCCAUCACACUUAUGGCUGCUGUUCUACUUGUUAUUUUCUACAAAAUGAGGAAGCAGCAUAACCAACAGGAUCCUGAUGGCCCAGCCUCCUCUAUGGAAGUCAUUACCGUUGAAGAAGAGCUUGCAGGUGUUGCUGCUAUUGACAGACACCUAUCGCUGCCCCCACUGGAGCACUACAACCACUACAACAGCUACAAGAGCACUUAUCAUCAUCCCUCUAUGCUCAGUACCAUACACAGCUCUACCACACAGGAACAUUUACUGAUUCAAGCCUGUUCAAAAGACAAUGUACAAGAGACCCAAAUCUGAGCCUAAAAUUCAACUGGAACAGUUUUAGGAGUACAAUGGACACCACAAAGAAGAUGGAAUACUGCAAUAUUACAUUAACACAGUUAAUGUCAAUGACGGCGCUAAAUCAACAUUUGGCAAAGGAACCACAAAAGCUACUUUAUUAAGUGUCUUUACAAAAACAAAGAUUAUUUAUUUAAAAAGUAUGUCUUGUGACUAAAUGACAAACACUAAUUGUGAUAGCUUUUUAGCUUGUUUUGCUUUCUCUUUUUCCUCUCUCACUCCCUCUCUCUGUAAUAUUGCACAAGGAAAAGAAUGGUUUGGCAAAUGUGAAUAUGGAAUGUCUAAUACUGAAAUGAAUACAAGGUCAUUGAAUUAAGUGUUUGGUCGAAGCUGGCAUUAUUUUAGGGUUUAUAAGCAUUCAUUUGAUGGUCGUUCAGUAUGAGUCCACAUUGAGGCAGCUGUCGAUAUGAUUCCCAGCAUACAGUAAGAUGAGUUAAUUUUCCUAAUCAUGCGGUUCUAGCUGCCAUUCAGGAGAAUCUUUUGAUGGAAAAGCUCUUGAUGUUAUCAUAGGGAAGCCUGCGUGUCUGAGUACGAAAUCAGUCAAAUUAGUAUGUGCAUUUCUCCCUGUGGCUCCUUAAAGCAGCCACAUAUCAUUCAUUUUAAUUAAGAUGAGUAACGCCGCCAUUUACCUAUUAUUUACACUUUAGUUCUUUCUUAAUUGUUUUUUCCUGUUCAUUUUCUCAUGUCUAUCAAGCCUCCUGUCUCCUCUCUCUCCUUCUCCUUUUCUCAGUGUCCUCAUGCUUGUCCUUUGAUUGUCACUGCUGCUUAAUUCAGGGACGUUCCCCACCCCUUGCCAUGUCUCAUUUGUCUCGCGUUAGCCGUCGGCAUGUGCCGCACGACGGCAGAAUAUUGCUUGAGAAAAUGAAGGGGAGCAUAAGGCUGUAGUCAGUAGCCUCCUUUUUAACCCAGUUAUGAUGUAUGUCCAUGCAGUGUCACGUUACCUCGCCAUCACCCUUGGGUCACACGAGCUCAUGUGCUGAUCGUCCAUCUGUUGGUACAGAUAAAGAGGCAAAUGAGGCAGCUUUGUAAUGUAGUGUGACCCUGUCAGACCAAUCCAAAUAGGGCUAACGGACUCAGUGAAGCGGCGAGGGACCUGGCACAAAAAAAGGGAAGCUGGGUUAUGUCUCAUUAAACUGAAUCAGCAGUUCAUUUGCAGACCAACAGCGGAAAACUGAUAACCCAACAGCGUUAAGACUUUUUCAUCAUCCAUAUACCGAGCAUCUAUCAGGGGUCGAGAACUUUGAUAUGGAACCAAACCCUGCUCGGUGUCAUCGUUGUCAGAUGAAAAAAAAAAAAAAAAAAAAAAAAAAAGGAUACACUUUGAUGCUGCAUCAUUUAUAAUCCAUCAGAACAUUGUCUCUGUAGUCAGCUUUUUUUUUUUUAAUUCAGUCUUUCGGAUAGCUAAAAGGAAGAACAGUAGGUGUGUGGAGGAAGGAGAGAUCCACAACGGUCAUGAGGGGUCUUCAAACUGAAAUAUGGAAGAUAUGAAGGAAGCGGAAUAAAAAAUUUAUAAGGCAUAAGGAGGCAAAACUAGCCAUCAGACUGUCUCCAUGGAAACAGUGACCUUGUGCCGAAAGUAAGAUGUGGUAGAUAUGCCUGCUCGUCUGUUCAACAAGCUUAUUUUGAUUUCCCAGUGAUGAUUACACAGAUGGCAGUGAUUAUUUAUAAAGUUGAAAAUUUUUAAUUGUCAUUUACAGAUGGAGUAAUCGAAUUAGAGCAACAUAUGACAUCAUCAUUGCAGAGAUCUGCAGCCUCAUGUUUUUAAAUGAAAUACAUUGGUGCAUGAUUUGAAACUGUGACCAGUUUAUUUUUACAAUGCUCCUUCCUUCAUUGACUUUAAAUUCAGUAAGGGCUGCAACCGUGGAGGAGGAAUAUAAUAAAGGCCCAUCACUCACAGACGCAUCUGCGUCUGAUCAGUUAGUCACCCACAUUUUUUUUCAUUAGUUCUCAAUUACAAAUUUGAUGGAAGCAAAGUAUAUAUGAGAAGACCAAUGUGUGAGUGCACACUGGAGAAAUGGAUUUGAAAAUGCCGGCCUUUCUGGUGGUGUUAUGAAUGAUGUGGGCAUCAAUAAUAACAUUCACUUGUGUGAACCAUUCUUUCCCUUUUCUACUCUUUUCUGUCUUGGUGCCCUCAGUUUAUUUUCAAUGCUUUUGGUGAGUUAUUGAUUCAGUGUUGAUGCUGGCUAUAAUUAAAACAGUUGGGAUUUUAUAUACGAAUAUAUAUUUCGGAAUGAGGGUUGAGAUGUUUUUUGUUUUUUUUUCAGAUUGAUUGAAUUUCUUUUCUGGAUUGCUAGUGUUAUGUACAUGAGGAAACUGUCCCAAUGUGAGGGGCUGUUUGGCGACAAGACUGAGAAAGAUGUGUAGAAUGUUGGAAAUGAAAUACCAGCAGAGUGAACUUGAUUUUUGUGCAAAACCCAAGCCAAGGUCACACAAUUCUUGUGAGUUAUUCUGCCAAUGGUGUAUGUAUGGGGAUGGUUACUGUCUGUAGGAAUAUGCUCUCUUAUUUUUUGGAGAGAACAACCAUCAAAUGGUUAAAUUUCUACAAAAAAAUAAAUAAAUAAAUUAAAAAUAAAACAGUUCCAAAAAAAAUUGCAAAAAAAAUAUUAAGCUAAUAAUUUUACAUGUGCUUCAAUUGUUUAAAAAAAUGCAGAAUAAAAACAAGAAAAAAAGAACAGCAAGAGACUGUGCUUGUACAAGUCCAGCUAAUUUCUCUGCGGAUGAAGUCCACUUAUUGAUA